AUGGCUACUAACAGGAGGAGGGGGAGUAGUGGUGCUGAUGACAUCGCUGAGGUGAUUCACCGGAUGGUGGAUGCGAUGCAGCCACCCGUAGCAGUGCAGCCUAGGACGACGAUUGCACCAAUCAGGGUGCCGACCGUGGAGGAUUUCUUGCGCCACAAGCCAGCAGAAUUCACUGGCAAGGCCUCCCCUGAUGAAGUGGAUGCAUGGCUUCGCAAAUGUGAGAAGAUCUUCAAAGUGAUGAACUACGAAGAUGAGCAGAAGUUGUUGUUCACUUCUUACCUACUGAAUGAGGAUGUUGAAUAUUGGUGGACAGACAUGCAACAACAGAUGGAGACUAGGGAAGAGCUAAAGAUCACCGAGGAGUGGAAAUGUUUAAAGUUUAAACAAGGACUCAAACUUGAGCUGAAGAGGGUGGUAACCCCUUUGAGAGAGAGAAGGUUUCCUGUCUUGGUGGAACAUGCCAAGAGUGCGGAGCACCUUGAGAAGGGACCUGGUCCAAUUUGUGGUGGACCCCAUCUGAAGAGGAACUGUCCUCAGUUGGCAGGCGGAGUAGGAGGGUCAGGCGACCGUCGCAAGUGCUUUAUAUGCGACAAACCGGGACACUUCGCCAACAAUUGCCUAGAAAAGAAGAGUCCUGGCGCGAAGAAACCAGCAACAUCGCCAGCAGAGAGAGCUAAAGCGAUAGUUUUGGUGUUGUUCGAUUCUGGGGCAACACAUUCUUUCAUUGCUAAUGCAUGUGUGGGGAGAUUGAAUUUGGUGAAACGCGAUUUGGGAUGUGAGUUGCUUGUUUCAACUCCCUCCUCAGGUCAAGUGGCUACCAAUUCAGUUUGCGCUGGGUGUUCAAUGGAAGUGACAGGUCGUAGAUUCAAGGUCAACUUGGUGUGCUUGCCUUUGGAGGGACUGGAUGUAAUCUUGGGGAUGGACUGGCUGUCUAACAAUCACAUCAUAAUUGAUUGUGGACGGCGCAGUUUGGUAUUCCUAGAACAUGAGGGAUUGGAGCUAAGCUCGGCUCAGAGGGUGAUAAACGAAGUACAAGCCGAAGCCACCUACUUUAUGAUAGUGGCUCAUGCAGAGAAGAUCAGUGUGAUUCCAGUAGUGGAGGAGUAUGCUGAUGUGUUUCCAAAUGAAAUACCAGAGUUGCCACCGAGUAGGGAUGUGGAUUUCACCAUCGAUCUUAUCCUUGGAGUUGGCCCAGUGUCCAUGGCGCCCUAUAGAAUGGCCCCAACGGAGUUGGCUGAGUUGAAGAAGCAAAUAGAAGAUUUGCUUGAGAAGAAGUUCAUCCGGCCGAGUGCAUCACCUUGGGGAGCACCGGUACUACUAGUAAAGAAAAAGGACGACAGUUCGAGGUUGUGCGUUGAUUACCAUUAG